AUGUGCUGCCCAGUGUCAGAAAGCUUGGUAUCAGUUGCAGGUCAUGGCCAAAACAAUGAAAGCUCCGGAAACAAAGUUAUAUUUAAAAUUGUAACUCCCACUGGUAGUCUUCUUACAAGUGGCGCCCCCACCUCAAGCAGUCAACCUCUCUUUCUGGCCACCAGACCUCAGACGCAGUGUUUCCUGGUGUCUUCAAACAAAUCUAACCCAACUGCUACCAACGGACUAAAGAAACUGGUCACCAUACAAAAUACUGCAGAAAAAGGUGCCAAGGAACUGUGUGUGUCUCCUUCUCGGAUGAAUGUAAAGGUACAAUCGUGUGAAGCAGAGAAACCAAUCCUUGCCCCAAGGCCAGUUAGGCCUCCAAGCCAAAGGAAAAGGCGCAGGAAAGCCUUAUUUGAUGAGCUUCCAGCAACAGUGCAUAAGGCUAGAAGACUGUCAAAUAAAGUACCAAUUGAGAAAGAGACUACUGUGUUAUGGAAGCCUGUAGCCAAAGAAGUGGAAAGGACACUGAGACUUGCCCCACUCAGCUCUGUACAGCAGUUCAAAUGCCCUCGUAGAUACCAGCCUGUAGUGGUGCUCAACCAUCCAGAUGCUGACAUUCCUGAAGUGGCCAAUAUCAUGAGGGUAGUCAAUAGGUACAAAGGUGCGGUCACUAAGGUCUCUUUGUCUCAAAAAACAAUGCAAGCACUCUCAGAACUUGGGCCUCUCGGGAAGAAUUCCUUGACCAAAGGUGCAACAUCUCACAGUGAUGAUCCAAGACCUCGGCCAGUUCAAAGUUCUGUCCGAGAGCGGUUCCUCCUUAAACUGAAACUGAGGAAAAAAAGCAAAAAAAAGUAUGAGGUAGUGGAAACUUUAUCAGGUUGUAGACAAGAGCCAGUGGUGUUUGACUGCUGGUUUUGUGGUCGGCUCUUCCACAGUCAAGAAGAUUGGAUUGGCCAUGGCCAGAGGCAUCUCAUGGAGGCAACUAGAGACUGGAAUAAACUCUUCUAAAGGUUUUCCACCACUUUCGAAUGGGUUGAUAUUUUGUCCUUCUGAGGUGGAUUGGUUGAAGUUGUAUAUUUUUUAUGACCUUCCACUUUGUUCAGUUUUUGUCCUUGUAAAUACCCAAAUCAUAGUUUAUCUUUUAAAAGGUUCAUGUUCUGGUAAAUUAUGUACUGCAUGCAUGAUUCAUCAUGCCCAUGUCAAAUUCAACUGUGAAAAUGGUACACUGUAAUUAGGAGUUAUGGUAAGAGCACUGGCUGAAUGAAAGGGGAUAGUAUCAGCAAAGGUUGUAUGCAGAGUUGGAUUAAAUUACUCAGGUAAAUUCAUAUUAAUCUGGUUUGUCAUUUUUUCUCAUAACUUAAAAAAAGCAUAGGUAUAGACUAAGGGACUUUUGUAUAUUUGUUAUCCUGCACACAAGGACAGGAGGCUGUAUUUGUAUAGCUAACUAAAACUUGUAGACAAAUUCAAUUGUUUUUUGCUUAAUGAUUAGCUCAAUGAAAAAAUGUUCUGAUCCAAAUGAUUCCUUUUUGUAUGAUUAAAAUGAAGAGGGUAUAAUUUUACACUAUUCUGCUGUGAGGAUUAGUUUACAGUUUCCUUGUCAGAAUUUUGUUAACCUGUAGCAUGCAUAGCUAGAGCUGUGACUUCACAGCAAUCUCCUUUGUCUGCAAAUAGAGAAAUGGUUUUGUGAAAUCCUGUUGCAGAAAACAGAAAUUAUGUAUCCAUCAAACAAGGAUGCUUCAUGUUUUUCUGUCAAUACUUAAACACAAAUAGCCCAUUGUACACCCUAUGCAGUUCCCAUGCAAAUGUAUUUUUGUUGUCAGCAGUUCAGGCUGUUUGCUUGUGCUCACGUUGGGGAUCAUGUGAAUCCAUGUUUAAUUUCUGAAUUGAAUGAUGAAUCGUGAAGGUCCCAUUGUUUGAAAUUUAAACAGUAAAUUCUUUUGUAGUUUUAUGAAGGAAGCUGUUUGUAUGUUUCAGACUCCAAAACCUGAGAAACAGCUUAAGAAUCAAGGGUUGUCACAUAAGCUGAGUUUGACAUCCACUUCCAAAGCCUCUAGGUGUACAAAAUUGGUUUCAGAAUUUGUCAUUUGUCAUUUGGAUGGUAACAGUUUUAGAGCAAAUAUACCCCAUACACCAACAAUAAGGGAUAUCAACAACAGAAAAGGUCAAAUAUAGUAUUAACGUUUAUAUAAAGUAAAAACAUUUAAAUAGGAAAAAUGAAAGAUCAAGGGGUUGUCGGCAAAGGCCUUUUGCUUUAUCUGACCAGCAGAACAAAUCCGUUCAACUUUUGGUUCACAUUUUACUAUGAAUUCUCAAAUAAAGAGGAGAUGUGAAAUUAACAAUCUCAAAUAACGACAGCACAAAAUUCUAAUUGCCUUCAUGUUUUAUUUAUUUUUUGACUGAUAAGUCACAGUCAGCAAAAUUAAAGUUUUUCAUGCAUAUAUUUCACAUUAAGAGCCUUUUAGAAAAGACAGAAAUGAUCCUCUUUGAAUUACUGGUAGGCUUUUAAUGUGAAAAUCUGUGCACAAAGCCAGCUUUUCAUUGACAGUGACUUAAAAUACAUUUAUUUAAAAAGCAACAUGGAAGCAGUUUGUAAAACUAAGUGAAUGACAACUGUAUUUCUGUCCAAGAAGACAAGUUCAGCAGCAGAGUGGUGAGUAUGACCUGCCUCUGCCAGCAGCCCAGUUUCCUGCAAUUAUGUUUAUGUGUUCCCAAAUUGCAUGAGCUCAGUUAUGUUGUGGUGUCAGAAAUAACAGUUGGUUUGAUUAUGUUCACAGUCUGUUUUUUUGAAUGAGUGAGCAUUUCUGAACUGCACAUCAAGAGCUGUCAAUGUUAUACAGGAACCAUUAUUAAACCAUCCAAGUUUAAUAAUGCAGUAAUCAAUCCAAGACGAAAACAAGCUUAUGGAUGUUUUUCGUAGAAAACAAGUGAAAUAUGUUAUCAGAUGUUUUAUUGAAUCUAACCCUGUCCUUUAAAUUAUGUUCAAAACUUAUUUGCUGUUAAGUUUAAACAUAACUUGUAGGAGGGAGAGUUGAAACAACAAGGAUGAACUAUUGAGUUUGUAUCAGCAGCCAGUUCAAUGAAGGAUUCUUAUUAACAUAGAGUGAAAUAUUAUGCUUAUAGAUUAGGCAACCUCACCACAUCAAAUGGUUGACUCAUCCAAAUCUGGUCAGUUAAUGCAACAAGGCAGCCAAUAUUGUCGAGCCCUGUGUAGCUUUGCUGCCCACUACAGAAUGGCUCAGUGUGAGCCACUUGGACCACUACCACAGCUUUCUGGGGAAAACUACAAUGUUUUUGGCUCUUGAAUCUGUGUUACUGCUGCUAGUGCUGGUUCAAAAAUGGUCAAAAAUUGUUUUAUGAUGGGAAGGGUUGGCUGGAUCAUCCCCAAAUCAUAUAUUUUAAUGAAAGUACUAAAUGUGACAGAAGAAAAAUUUGACACUGUACAUGAAUACAUGAUAUAUAAAAUUUUGAAACUGUAUUUUUGACCUACGUUAACUGUAGAACAAAACAGAGCGGUGAACCCAUAGACUCAAGAUAAGAACAGAACGGCAUUUUCAUACCUUUAAACAUAGACAUAUAAAUGUUCUUGUUAAUAUCAAAUACGCCGAGAGCUGACCUAGUUACUGUUAUGUUUUGUUUUUCAUGCUCUAUAGACAUUUAGCUGUUGUAGGAGCACCUGCGUUUGGACUCUGCAUUAACUUUCACCUUUUAUUGUAUUUAUACUGAACUGUACAUUUGCUUAUUGCCAUCAAGUCCAGUAUGCUGUACAUACAUUUACUUUAAUGUUACAUUUUUCAUACUUUUUUAAAAAAUCUUAAUAAUGGCAACAGGACAUGGACUUCCUAUUUUCUUAAAGGAUUUUAUUGAUUGUAUUACAUGAUGACCAAACCUUGGAAAUAAUAGUUUUUGUCCGUUCAAUAUGCAAAAGAGACUGAACAAUGCAAACCAUGCUAAUGUUUCAUGGGUUAGCUUUUCCUAUCACUGGCUACAUAGUUUGUUUUUUUCCAGUCAUCAACAGGGCUAUUUAUUCUAAGUUGGAUUAAUUCUGUUUACCAUGAAACUCCUUCAUCCAGCAUCAGUCUGUUUUGGUCUAUUGGGCGAGAUGAACAGAAUUUCAGUACAUACUUCGUGCAAUAACUAAAUGGUAACUUUGUGCGUUAACUAAUUUGUCGGCUCACCUCCUCUUUGAUUUUGUAAUUCACCCCUUCAUGCAGACAGCUUGGACUGAUCACAACCAAAUGGAUGCACAUACCAAAUUAACUCUAGGCCUUUUUUUUUUUUUUCUGGCUAGUCCACAUGGUUUCAUUUACUGCUUCUUCUUCGCUGCUCUCAGGCCAAAGAACUAUUUGGUUUUAUCAUGAAAAUUAAAAAAGAAGAAGUGUUAGUGGUGGUUCUAACAGUACAAGUGAGGUCAACUCUGGGAUAACCACAUAACACUCCUUAUAAGGGAUACACUACUCGAUCGGCUAACUGUGUCAGUUAUACACGCCUGAAAUUAAAAGCGAACAGAAAUCAAAGUCCAUUACGCAAAGACAGUAUAUGCAGCUCAGCCCUUUAGCGGUAAGAAAUGUGAUGCUGUGCUCCACCGAAUGGUGUGUUACAGGGUUCACUUGGGAAAUGCUGAACUGAUGUAUUGCUGAAUGCUCCUGUCUAGUGGGCUGAAACUUCCCUCAUGCUAAGUGCCUCAAAUGUCCUUUGGCAGGUUGACUAUGUGUAUUGUCUUCUUUUGUUCAAUUUACUGGUUCACUCUUCUCUAAUAAAUGUACAGACCCUCAGA